AUGGCAUCGGAUCUGCACCUCUACGCAGAUGGCUAUGACGACGACUGCGUACUUCGGGACUAUAUCCAGAACUGCGACAACCGUGACGGUGGCACUCCUGUGGAUUGCUCUAAAGCUAUCAAGGUCUACAUCGACAUAGUCGCACAUGAGCUCAAAAAUGUCGAUGAUCAUCGUGAGGAAUUCCAAAUGGUCUUCAUGCUGAAGCUCAGCUGGCUCGAUCCCGACCUGAAACACUUCAAAUCAAGCAUCACUGUUCGCGACAGAAGCGGUUUCACGAAGCUUCAUCUGCGCCAGCUGGACGUUGUUAUCACGAAGAUGUAUUGUAAUGGCGACAUCGAGUUUAUCGACAAUUCGAACCUUUCACAGAAGCGUCAGCUCCUGCGCAAGCAUGACUACUUCAGCAUUCAAGAGCCAGAGUGGAAGGAGUAUUUCUUCCCGUCAUAUAUUUUUCUUAAUAUGAAGGAUGACGCUGUGCAGCCCAUUGAGACAAGAAGGCUGCUUUGGUGUGGUGAGGAGGGUGGCUUCGUCUCCUAUACAGUGAAGUAUGACGCGAAGUUCAAGGAGAAGCUCGAUCUGAGAGCCUUUCCCAAAGAUCUUCAGCUGUGCAGGAUUCGGCUGACGGCCGAGAAGACCGUCGACGAGUUCCAGUUCGUGCCGCUGAAGAGUUCGGCCCGCCCGCAGAUGUGUGACAUGUGGGUCCUGGACAAUGACAUGCAAGGAAAGUGCUCGGUCUAUGUUCGCCACUUAGACAGGUACCUCCCGUACCAGUUCCAAAGGUCCUGCGUGAACGCCGUGUUCCACUUGGAGCGGAAAGGUGAUUUGUACUUUCGCUCGAUGUUCUUCAUGGUCUUUCUCGUGAUCAUUGUCAGCCUCUGUAGUUUGACCAUUCCGCUUGAGGAUAUCAGUGGGAGGCUGGCGCAUUUGAGUACCUGCUUCCUGGCCAUCAUGGCGUAUCGUUAUGUAGUUGGCGAUGUGUUGCCGCGUAAGGAGUACCUCACACCAGCUGACAAGUAUGUCAUCUUUGCCUGCGGACUUCAAGUGGUCAUCGUGGUCGAAACGAUCCUGCUACAGUAUGUCGAUGGCAUGAUUGCAAACUCUUUACUGAUCGAAAGAUAUACUGGGAUAGCUCUUUUGGUUGCUUGGCUCGUUCUGAAUCAUUAUCUUACAGGAUUCUCGCGAUCCAAAUCCCAACGUGACUGGAGAAGUGUGUACCAGGACCGUCGCGAACCCUAUGUGCCCGUGAAGCGGUGUGCACAAUGCGGGGCCGCAUGGCUGAGCAAGCAAUGUGAGCACGGCGACCGCAAGAAAGUCUGUCCAGAAUGCGGCGCCAGAGCGGAGGAUGUGAGCACUAUCUAUUUGACUCCUCUCGACCAUGACCCUCUUGUGAAGCCGCAAGUCUUCCCUUCUGCACCAAGCGGCUUGAAGGAGGCUCCGGCCAGCAUCUAG